AUGGCACCAACAUCACUUUUUGCCAUAGCUCUUGCCUUAGCCAUCUCCAUCCAAGGAACUCUAGGCGAGAUCAGAUGUGAGGACCUGAACGAGAACUCGUGCGCGUUCGCAGUAUCGUCCACGGGCAAACGGUGCGUGCUCGAGAGCCAUAGCUUUUUGCGCAAGCUCGGGACUCCGGACAGGUACACGUGUCGCACGUCCGACAUCAAGGCUUCCGACAGGCUUGUUAACUACAUCGAGUCCGAGGAGUGCAUCACCGCCUGUGGGGUCGACAAGGGGGCCCUCGGCAUCUCCUCCGACUCCCUACUCAACCACAACUUCAUCAACAAGUUUUGCUCCGCGUCGUGCUAUGACAAAUGUCACAACAUCGUUGAUCUCUACUUCAAUGUCGCAGCCGGUGAAGGUGUGUACAUCCCCAAAGUAUGCGAAAGGCACCGCUCGGGCGCACGUCGUGAGAUGAUGGAGGAAAAAUUCAACUCGGCGAAUAGACUUGCUUACGCACCAACUAGUCCAUCACAAGCUAAAGAUGUCCUUGCUGACGCACCCGGUCCUGAAGCCGCAGCCUACUCACCAACUACUAGUGAUCUAUCAGAAGCUAAAGAUUUCCUUGCCAACACACCCGGAGCCGCAACCUCCACACAAACUCCAAACGAUCUAUCAGAAGCUAAAGAUUUCUAUGCCAACACACCCGAAGCCGCAGCAUGCUCACCAGGUGCUAACGAUCCUUCACAAGCUAAAGAUUUCCUUGCAGACACAAAUGAUCCCGAAGCUGCAGCCCCGAACGCCUAUUGA